AGGGUCCCUCAAGAUGCAAGAUGGCCGCUCUGUUUUGAAGACGUUUGUUGCACGAGUGGCUGGUGCUCGGCUGACACCCUUGUGACCAAAGACAGCUGCUGAGCCACUCAUUUUGCGGGAGGCGAGGUGUAGGGCGUGGCUGGCAGGUGUGUCCCGCCUGAGAGGAGAGUGUGGCGGUGACUGUACUGACCAGUGAGCACGCCCUUAUCAGGCAGCAGGUGAUGAAGGUGCGGGUUAAGGGGUGGACCGGUGUGGCCACAUGGCGGUGGGUGGCCAAUGAUGACAGCUGUGGGAUCUGUCGUAUGCCCUUCGACGGCUGCUGCUCAGACUGCCGGCUGCCGGGGGAUGACUGCCCGCUGGUGUGGGGCCAGUGCUCCCACUGCUUCCACAUCCACUGCAUCAUGAAGUGGCUCCAGUCCCAGCAUCUCCACCAGCAGUGCCCAAUGUGCCGCCAAGAGUGGAAGUUCAAGGAGUAGCUGGUGCCGUGGUCAUGCUGGGGUUGGUGGGAUGGUAUAUAUAUACACCAACAGGUAGAAAAAAAGAGAGAAGAUUUUGGUUAUAUUUUUUUGAGGUUUAUGUGAUGCAUUGUAAAGAAAAAAUGUUAUUCCAGGACUCAUUUCCACCAAACACAAGGUUUUUAUAGAAUGCAAAACACACACAUGCAUAGAUAAGCAACAUAAUGUUCAUUUUUUCUUUGAAGGUAAGGUGUGGUGGGCAAUACAUAGACUAUAGAGUGAAUUAGUGAAUGAGGUGCACACAGCAAUGGGCCACUCACAGCGGUCUGGCUCACGGUCGCGGUCGCGGUCCCCGGUUGGCUACAGGAAGCGGUCACACAAGGCCAAACAUAAGAAGAAAAAGAAGAGGAGACACAAAUAUGACAAAAGAUCAAGGUCGAGAUCAAAAUCUAGUUCAAGGUCUAGGUCAAGUUCAAGGUCAGAUUCUGAGAGAGGCUCUACAUCAGCAGUGGGAGCAGCACGUGGCAGGGACAGAAGGAGCACCCAGAGCUCCUCACACUUGCCAGGGUGUAAUGAAAUGGGAUCCUCCACUACCCCCCACCAUGCCACAGUGUCCUCAGGGGCCACGGCUGGCUCAGAUUCUGAAGAUGAGCUCAUGUUUGAGUGGGAAGCUCACCGGCGGGAGCUGGACUUGCUCUUUUGUGGGCUGGGGCCAGAGGACCCCAUGGUGCGGGGCAGCGAACAGUAUCAAGACUUCUGGGCGUUCCUCAAGAAGUAUCAUGGCCUUCACAAGCAACGCAAGAUUAGGGAGAUGUGUGGAGCAGGCAGGGGUGCUGGGGCGGGGCAGGGCUUCAGUGCUAAGCUUGGCCUCCCCCUUGCCUUCCACAAGAGACACAACAUCAAUUUCUGCCUGAGUGGAGCCAGCAUUGAGGAGAUGAAACGCCGUCUUCCCCCACAGGAUUUGGAGGAAGUUGGAAAGGGACGUCAGCGGCUAUCCCAGCGGCGGCUGGAGGAAGCCCGGUUUGUCAUGCUGCUCUACCUAGACUUCACUCAGCGGCAGAGGUUUGAGCGGCUGAGGCAACUGAGGCAGACCCAGGCAGAGCUGCCCAUUGCCACCCGCCGGGAGGAGCUGCUGCAAGAGGUGGAGCAGCAUGGUGUGGUGAUAGUGGCAGGUGACACUGGCUGCGGCAAGUCCACACAGGUGCCACGUUACCUGCUGGAUGCUGGCUACACCAAUGUGGCCGUGACACAGCCGCGGCGCCUGGCCUGUGUGGCGCUGGCUCGCCGUGUGGCCUAUGAGACCCUGGACCUAUAUGGCUCUGGCGUAGGCUACCAGGUGAGGUUUGAGAAGACCCGCACAUCCCACACCCGCCUGGUGUUCCUGACAGAGGGGCUGCUGUUGCGGCAGGUGUGCGUGGACCCCCUACUGCUCCAGUACCAGGUGAUCAUCCUGGAUGAGGUACACGAGCGGCACCUGGAUACAGACUUCCUGCUAGGGGUGGUGAAGGUGCUGCAGGUACGACGGCCAGAGGUGCGGGUGCUGCUCAUGAGUGCUACUGUCAACCUGGACCUGUUCACCAGCUACUUCCCUGGCGCCCCAGUGGUGCAGGUGCCAGGUCGCCUACACCCCAUCACCCUCAAGUACUUACCCCAGCCCCCUAUUGACAAGUCCAAGAAUAACCGCAUGGAUCCAGGGCCAUAUGUACGCCUGUUGCAGCUCAUUGACCAGCAGUACCCGGCUGACGAGCGCGGGGACCUGCUGGUGUUCCUGAGCGGUGCCAAGGAGAUCAGCACUGUGGUGGAGGCGGCACAGGAGUACUCACAGCACAGUGGGCGGUGGGUGGUACUGCCGCUGCACAGCACACUCUCGGCUGCCCAGCAAGAGCGGGUGUUCCAUGUGGCUCCUGAGGGUGUUCGGAAGUGCAUUGUCUCCACAAACAUUGCUGAGACCUCGGUGACCAUCGACGGUGUGCGUUUUGUGGCCGACUCGGGGAAGGUGAAGGAGAUGACACAUCAGGCCCGGGGCAAGAUGCGGCGUCUUAAGGAGUGCUGGGUGAGCCAGGCCUCAGCGGAGCAGCGGAAGGGUCGUGCAGGACGCACAGGGCCUGGCACCUGCUUCCGGCUGUACUCCCCUCAAGACUACGAGUCCUUUCCCCAUUACAGUCCCCCGGAGGUGCAGCGCGUGCCCUUGGACUCUGUGGUGCUGCGCAUGACUUCCAUGGGUCUGCCAGACCCCCGGCUCUUCCCCUUCAUUGAGCCACCUCCACAGGAGGCCUUGGAGCACGCCCUGUCCUCCCUCCAGUCCCAAGAUGCCAUAGACAUGGACAAUAAGCUGACCACUCUGGGGCAGCUGCUGGCACAGCUCCCCCUGGAGGUUGGCUUGGGGAAGAUGCUCAUCAUGGGUGCACUCUUCCAUCAGAUGGAACCAGUGCUGUCUCUGGCAGCAGCCAUGAGUGUGCAGAGUCCCUUUAAGCCACAUGCCCGCCGGGACCCACAGUGUCAGGUUGCCCUCAAGGAGCUGGAUAAUGACCAUGGGGAUCCCUUCACCCUGCUGGCUGCCUACAGGGAGUGGCUGGGAGUGAAGGAGACAGGUUCACAGGACUCCCGGCGGUGGUGUCGGCGGAUGGGACUAGAGGAGCACCACUUCUAUGACAUAACUAAACUCAGGCACCAGUUCUCCCAGUUGUUGCAAGAUUCUGGUCUGCAGAGGGUGGCUGGGACACCCCGGCGUACACUCACCAGUGCCGAGCGAGCCCAGAGGCAUGGCCAGCUGCAGCAGCUGCGAGAGCUGCGACGUGAGCUGCACCAGGAAGACCGGCGGCCUACCCAAGUGCUGCGGAUAGGAAAUGGGGAGGAUGAAGACUGGGAGUUGGAAAGCGAGGGUCAAGGCAAAACAGACAUUAAGGAUGUUGACUUUAGGAUAACCAAUGACCCAAGGCGUCUGCGGGAGAUUCUCCGUGGCUCCACGCUGCGUGGUCAGGACCAGACCAUGUUGAAGGUGAUCCUGUGCUGUGGCCUCUAUCCCGGCAUAGCCAUUGCUGACGAACACAACAACUACAAGGCAGGCUCAGAGCAGCUUUUCCACACCCCGGAGCGGCCCUUCACUGUGCUGCAUCCUGGGGGUGUGCUGGCUGCCCACCCAGAGGUGCUGCAGCUGUCUGAUUCAAGCAUUUUGGAGGCACCAGGGUUUGGCCGUCAUCCGGCUGCCACUGGCCAACAGCUGCUGGCGUUUGGCUCUGUCCUGGAGACUCACAAGGCCUUCUUGGUGGACACAGUCCGUGUGCCAGCAGCCCAGACUCUCCUCUUGUUUUGUCACAGUCUUGACACUAAUGCAGACAUUUCUACUGUGGCUUGUGAUUCCUUCAUUGAGUUGAGGUUCCCAGAGCCUUCAAGUGCCCAGAACCUGCUGGUGCGAGCAGUACAUCUCCGUAAGCAGUGGCACCGCCUCCUCCACUUACGUACCUCCAAGAACCCAGAGGAUGAAGGUGUAGUGGAGGCUGCUGCCUUGGAGAGGGACCUCUCAGCUGGUCUGGUGGACUACUUCCAGAGUGAAGCAGUGUACUCCCAGCGACGUCUCCUGGCUGCAGAUGUGAAGGUGCUGCACACCGGCCCUGGUCCUGGGGACUGUGUCCUUUCCACAAACCCUUUCACCCCACCUCCUGGGGAGGCUUGUCUCCCAAACCCCACCAAGGGAGGGGUUGAUCUCACUCCCUACAUUGCAUACAACAGUUUGUUGGAUCUGCAGUGUACUACCACCACCAUCAACACCUAUGACACUGUGUGUCCAUACUGUGACCAGGACCUGCACUUGACAACACUCGACCGUCUGGCCCACCUGUGGCAAUGCCUGACAGCUUGUGCCCGGCCACCACCACAGGCUGCCCCUCAGGGUGGGGAUGGAUAUGAUCUAGCCAGGAAGAGGUACCAGUGUGAGACUUGUGGAGAGACUCUGUGGCUCACUGUGAGGGAAAUUUUCAUCCACAGGAAAUCCCACACUUCAGACUCGUCCUGCCAGUGACUGCCUUUCCCCCCCUGGGUCACAAGUCAUCUGAGGAAGACAGGCAUCAUGUCAUUGACCUUACCCAAAUUGCAUUGUCUAUGGGAAAGAGAGACAUGGGAGUAGGAUGCAGAAUUUGAGUAAGGCAUAAUGUAGAUGGUGUGGAAACUCCAGGGAACUUGAGUAAAGAUUAGAUCAAAACAGGACUUGUUUUGUGUCUAAUAACUGGAAGUGUCUGAGUGGAUAUGGUCAGAACUGAAAUCAAGACAGUUAUCUUUGUCUGUUCCUGUGAUGCCAUCUUUCUUCUGAGGAUGUCCCAAGAGAGUGGCUGUUGGGUAAGAGCUUCUGCCUCAUCCUAUCCGAACACUUUCCCCUUGUUUAUUCAAGGAUUUCAUUUCUGUUAUCAUUUUUUUUUAAUCAACUCCUUAUCUUUCCUUAUCUUCCAGAUGUCCUUCCUCUCCUUCUAUGACCACGGAUUUCACUUGCAUACACUUUCCUUCCUUUCUUUAUUCUUUACCCUCAGUGUAUUUUUCAGCCCACCCCACCACUCUCCCUCACUUUGCAUUGUUCAGACACUUGCAUUGCUCUCAUCUCACUAUUUUCACAUGUCCCUUCAAGUAACUCAUCCACAGAGAUUGUUGACUGCCACACACUAUUCUGUGUCCAAAUCUCUUAUUCAGAUCCCAAGAUUGGAGAGAUUUCCUUAUCUCCAUUCCUUGGGACACAUCCAUCCUGCCUUUGAUCCUUUCUAGUUAUUCUUUGACACACCUAUGGUUAUUUUUAUGAAAAAUAUAAGUUUAGUGGAUAUAGUUCUUGUAGUCUACCACACUAAAUAUUUUUUAUGAGUAAAGAUGUAAGUCAGUACAUACUAGAAGAGUGAGAGAGAGAUUCUAGCAUGACAGGCAAAUCCAAACAAAGCUACUUCAUACAUCAAUGAAAGCAGUGUUUGUGUCUCAGUGCAUUGCUUGGAUUAGGAGCAGGCAGUGUGCCAAGUGACAUAUGCAACACUAAGGUAAGGCAUAUGUACUUUUGUCUGGCUUGUUGAGAUACACAUACCUUACUUGUCACAUGUGCCUCAAUCUGUCUCCUGGCAGCCCAGUAAGCCCUGCUGCUUAGUAAGUGUUCGGGAACAGCUGUUUUACCAAAGUAACAAGUGUGGUACUGUCAAUGGCUGUCAAAGGUGUACUGAAUGAUUCUCUCAUAACUGUAUGAUUUACACAUGUCAUCAAUACAUUCAUUGAUCUGUA